UAAGAAGCGCACUUGGUUCGUGCGUCGUGACAGUAGGUAGCGCAAUCGAAUGCACUUGGUCUGUUUCAGGUUUCCUUGUGUAGUUUCAAGUCUCAUAACGUAUAUAGUCUUCUGACAGUGAAGUGUUGUCGACGCCCAGUUACUUGUAGCCAAGAGCGAGACAAAAAUGCAGACAAUUAAAUGUGUGGUUGUGGGAGAUGGAGCAGUGGGUAAAACGUGCCUAUUGAUUUCAUAUACCACCAACAAAUUUCCUUCUGAGUAUGUCCCGACCGUUUUUGACAACUAUGCAGUUACGGUUAUGAUAGGAGGCGAGCCAUAUACCUUGGGAUUAUUUGACACAGCGGGUCAAGAAGAUUACGAUAGACUACGACCGUUGAGUUAUCCACAAACAGAUGUCUUUCUUGUUUGUUUUUCUGUUGUAUCACCAUCUUCUUUUGAAAAUGUUAAGGAAAAGUGGGUACCAGAGAUAACACACCACUGUCAGAAGACACCUUUUCUAUUGGUUGGCACACAAAUUGAUUUACGAGAUGACGCUGUAACCAUUGAGAAGCUUGCAAAGAAUAAACAAAAACCGAUAACAGGAGAACAAGGAGAGAAGCUUGCAAAAGAACUGAAGGCAGUGAAAUAUGUUGAAUGCAGUGCUCUUACGCAAAAAGGACUAAAAAACGUGUUCGACGAAGCGAUUCUGGCUGCUUUGGAACCUCCAGAACCGGUUAGGAGAAGAAAAUGUGUCCUUUUGUAGGGAGGCUGUUUAAUACCUUCUUCUCACCACUACGCAAACACGACUCAUUGUGCCCCACAUUGUAAGUUCCAAUAUCCUCUCCACAUUUAAACACGGUAAAAACUUCCCACAAAAAACACCGUGCGCAUGGAUCAAUCGAUGUAAGGUUUUUUACUGAGCUGAACCUGGAUAAAUAAACAUUCGAAACGAUUCGCGAGUGGUCUGGCACGUGAGCUACACACUAAACAAUUGAUCAACAACGUAUACCCAUGGACAAUCAAAACGUGAAACAUUCUACCUAAAAACAAUUGGAAUAGUGUCGAAAAUUAGUACGUUCCUCACGAGUGUUGAAUGCGGCACUAUCACCGACCACUCGCGAUUCAUCUUCAAUUCAGCUACUUUCAAGUUAUGCUAUUGUAGAAAAUCGUAUUUUGUGGUUUAUCAAAAAAAUCUGCAACACUAAAUAUCGAUAGCUAAUCGUUCAUUUUGUUAAAUUUAUAACAUCAUAUCGGUAACGAGUUCUUCGAGUGCGGCCAUACUCGGGUAGCGAUUGAAAUGACGUUUUCAUCGGAUAAUAAAUUACUUUUUGUUUAGGAUGGACUAUGGUAUUAUAUAUUAAUACCCUUUAUGAUCGCAUAAACAAAAUGAACCAGCCAUCCUGGACUGGAGUAAUUCUCCAUGAGUUCUAAAUAGGGAGCCCGCCGCUCUAAUAUUGAGUAAUCAAUAAGGCAUUUUUAAUAAUAAGUUACUAAUGUGAAUUUUUUUAAUAAAUUAAUAAUGAAAGAAAAAAAUUAAGUAAACCAUCUUUAUUUUAAUCAUGGAGCACGGACGCCAAAGAGAAGAUUUUAUGUACCGUUUCCAUUAGGAUUUCAAUAUAAUAUGCAAAAUAGUGAUUGACGAAAGAUAGUAAUAUGUAUAUUCACUUUGCACAAUCUCGUUAUUGUCGUGAUACGAAUCUUGGUGGAAACGUGCGGUAGGACAUUCUGAUUCAUUUUUCGAUGAAUAAUACGUCUUGUCCUCUCCUUGUACGUCCGUGUCACUACAAAUAAUACAACAUGUAUAUGUUCUAAUACCACAUGUAUAAUAUCUGCAUUGUACGACACAUAUUUGUCCAACCAGAAAAAUUUAUCUGAAUUUAGUUUGUCUUAUGGAUCCUUAUUACGUUAUGCUUGGCGCAUGCAUUUAAGAGAUCCAAUAUUACGCUAAUAUUAAAUUUACGAGGCAUUUCUCAUAGAAGACUUUCACUUUACCACUUGUCAUUCCACAUCCUAUUGAUCCUGUUUUACUUGCAACUCAGUUUUAUGCGAUAAUUAUUGUUGCACCAAAUUACAGGAAAUCAGGGAUUUCAUGAGGAUGAUUUCAAACUAAUAAAACACAUAUACACAGCGCUUUAACUCGUGACUUUAAUAAUAAGAUAAUAUUAGUUUAAAAUUAGUUAAACAUCAGUUCGUAUAUAAAUACAUAACUAUACAUUGUACAUCAAAAAUUUUAUAAAUAUAACACCAAAACAAAAUAUUCACAUUUUUUCACUCGUUAUCGCGAAUUAUCUAUGCAUUCUUUCAACGAUUUUAUUUCGGUAAUACUUAACAGUUUUAUACCUUCGUGAUUAACUGAUUGCACAUUCAUUUUUUGUUUUUUUUCGUUUUUUUGUUUUUAAUCAUAAACUCAAAUUGGACCAUUAUGGAAAUAAUAUCAUAAAACAUACUGAAGCGCGAUGUUGAUUUAUGAUAAUUAGAUUGAUGAGAAAAACAAAAAAAAUUUACUGAACAGGUGAAAGAAACAUUUCGUAAAUAUCCCCAGUAAUCUAAAUGAAAGACAAAAGUUACAGACAAUGAGACAGAAUAAAAUGAAGUUCGCCAUAUCUGAAUGUGAGAUUUAUUCAAUACGUUUUUGAAUAUGCGGAAAUUGUUAAUCGAUGCAUUGAAUUUAUAACUCUGAUACUAGUCUGUAAUGAGAAGAAAAAAAAGAUCCUUACGUGUUUUCCAAUGUAAACUGUACUACAACAACUAUAUGGUAUAUGUAUCGCAAAAAUUUGUACUAACAUGAAAAAGAAACAAAAACAGAAAAAAAAAACAAAAAAAAUUGUAAAUAACCGUUAUUAUAACUCAAAGGUAGGCGUUUGGCAAACCAAGAGACAUACUAAGUGAGUAACUGAUGAAACAAACGUCACGCCGAAUUGUCGCAACCGUUAUUAAAUAAAGAUCUGCGAACAAACGAG